UGUCAGCCAAUCAGAAUCGAGGGAUUUGAUCACGCGGAUUAUGAAUCGACGCUUGUAUAAAAUAAAGAUCUCGUAUAAUCCAAAUCACUAAGAAGAUUCUCCGACGACGCAUAAAGUCACCGUGAGAGUUCCUUUCACCUUCCAACUUAACAACUGCCAUCAUGCGCGAGUGCAUAUCCAUCCACGUCGGCCAGGCCGGAGUCCAGAUCGGCAAUGCCUGCUGGGAGUUGUACUGCCUGGAGCACGGCAUCCAGCCGGACGGUCAGAUGCCCAGCGACAAGACCAUCGGAGGCGGUGACGACUCAUUCAACACAUUCUUCAGUGAGACCGGCGCCGGCAAGCACGUGCCACGUGCGGUGUUCGUGGACCUCGAGCCGACUGUAGUCGACGAGGUGCGCACCGGAACGUACAGGCAGCUGUUCCACCCCGAACAGCUGAUAACCGGCAAGGAAGACGCCGCCAACAACUACGCCCGUGGUCACUACACCAUCGGCAAGGAAAUCGUCGACCUUGUCCUGGACAGGAUCCGCAAGCUGGCUGACCAGUGCACCGGUCUCCAGGGAUUCCUGAUCUUCCACUCAUUCGGUGGCGGUACCGGAUCUGGCUUCACCUCCCUGCUCAUGGAGAGGCUGAGCGUCGACUAUGGCAAGAAAUCCAAGCUGGAGUUCGCCAUCUACCCGGCGCCCCAGAUCUCUACUGCUGUCGUCGAGCCAUACAACUCCAUCCUGACCACCCACACAACCCUGGAGCACUCCGACUGCGCGUUCAUGGUCGACAACGAGGCCAUCUACGACAUCUGCCGCCGCAACUUGGAUAUUGAGCGCCCGACAUACACCAACCUUAACCGCCUGAUUGGCCAGAUCGUCUCCUCAAUCACCGCCUCCCUCCGCUUUGACGGUGCCCUGAACGUGGACUUGACCGAGUUCCAGACCAACUUGGUGCCCUACCCACGUAUCCACUUCCCCCUGGCCACCUACGCCCCCGUCAUUUCCGCCGAGAAGGCUUACCACGAGCAGCUCUCUGUUGCCGAGAUCACCAACGCCUGCUUCGAGCCGGCCAACCAGAUGGUGAAAUGCGACCCCCGUCACGGCAAGUACAUGGCCUGCUGCAUGUUGUACCGUGGUGAUGUUGUCCCCAAGGACGUUAACGCUGCCAUCGCCACCAUCAAGACAAAGAGGACCAUCCAGUUCGUCGACUGGUGCCCGACCGGUUUCAAGGUCGGUAUCAACUACCAGCCACCCACCGUCGUGCCCGGUGGUGACUUGGCCAAGGUGCAGCGUGCCGUGUGCAUGUUGAGCAACACCACCGCCAUCGCCGAAGCCUGGGCCCGACUUGACCACAAGUUCGAUCUGAUGUACGCCAAGCGCGCCUUCGUACAUUGGUACGUCGGAGAGGGUAUGGAGGAGGGUGAGUUCUCCGAGGCUCGUGAAGACCUGGCCGCUCUCGAGAAGGACUACGAGGAAGUCGGUGUUGACUCCGUCGAGGGCGAGGGUGAGGAAGAGGGCGAGGAGUAUUAGACGCCGACGCCGACCACGUUAGCCAACGGUCGGGAGUUAUGUACAAGCGCCAUAACUGAUAUUAUUAUUGAUGAAUAAAUCUACGGUUAUCUUAAGAUUACCCCUAGAUCUCGGCUUGAAAACAGACUUACGCAUAUUCAUGUGUUGAAAUAAAAUACGGACAGUAUGACGGCUGAACGAGCAAGAGUUAGCGACCGUUUAAAGAAUUACAAACUUUUGUCAACAUUACGUUACUGGUAUACCAAAGUAUACAUUUAAUAAGAAUAAUGCUACAAUAUAAAUCAACGAUAUUUGUCUUAAAGAAAGUUAAGCUGAAAUAUAUUGUAAAGCCUAUUGUUAAACCUAUUGUGCUAUAUUAAAGUAUAAAUAUAAA